AUGACUCCGUCCCCUCUUCUCCCCUCCCUAUACCCCCACACCCACUCGCCUCUCCCCCCUCUGAACUCCCCCUCGCCUCUCCCACCCCCACGAGUGUGGCACAGUCCACUUCACGCCUCUUAUGCCUCCUCCAUACCUCCCACCAUCCAUCGCCAUGAGUCCCGUCCCCCCAACCCCAUGAUCCACACGCCCGUCUUCUUCUCCCACCCUCUCCCGUUCCCUCACCCCCUACCUCGCUCCCUUCCCAUUCCCCUUCUCCCCCUCCCCCGUCUCCCGCUUCUCCCCGUCCCCCCUCCCCAUUACCCGUCUCCCCCAUCUCUCUCCCCCCCGCCCGCCUGUCUCACCAGCACCUCCCCUCCCCAUUCUCUUCUGCUUCAGCGUCUGCCUCUCCUUCCCCCUGCCUCACACCCAUGCUCUCCCACGUUGCUAGGUUUCACUCCGAACCUGCCUCCUCCCACCGAUUCCCCCCGGGACCCCUCCGCGCCCCUCCCAGCGUCCUCCCCCAAUCGCUCGCGCCCCUCUACCCCGGUCCCCCUCGCAUCCCCUUCUCAUCCCUCUUGCCCCUUCCCACUUCCCGCCCUUCUCCAGCCCUCUGCCUGCCCUUUCUCACCUCCUCCCCCAUUCUGCUCCGCCUCCUGCGGCUUGAGUCCUGCCCCGCUUUCUCCCACCCCUUGCCUCGUUUCCCGCCAAAUCCAAGCCACGCGCGCCCGCAAGCUCACUUCCCCUCCUCUCUCUGGCCAACCCUCCUCGUUCCGGCCCCCCCUUCUCACUCCGCGCUUUUCUGUUUGCCCACCCGCCAUUGCUGCUGCUCCUCGCGCCUCUGCUGUCGUAUCUCUCUUCUCGCUCAAGUCGCCCUGUCUGUCGUUUCGACGCGACGACUAUUGA